UAGAAUACGCAUUCCCCCAUCACAUGGAUUGCAGCUUUUCAGAAAGGCAAGCCACAGGACAGUUUUAUCUGAACCUGAUGUCAUGAGAUUCUAGAGUCUGCUGUCAUCACAUUCUGUGUUAUCACCAUGUUAAUUCCACACACAGGUUAAGUGUUCAGUCUUCUGACCUGUUCCACCUACACAGGGCAUUUUUAUGGCUUAAGGAUGAUGGCUUAGGAAGGAAGGGAGAGAUUUACUUUGGAUUAAAUUCAAUAUGGGAAAAUACUUAAGCCGCAGCAAACAGGACCAGAACUUGCGACCAAAUUAUCCUGCAAAUCAAGUUACUUCAGACCCCCUGCGGCAUGAAGCUUCUUCUUUAACUCAUCAAUCUCUUAAUCCUAAAAGAACUCGUCUGCCUGCAAUAUGUAAUGUCAAUUCACGUAGAGGAAGUAAAAAUUUAUCUUCUACUCACUCAUCUUUCUGUGGAAGAAGACAUUCUUUACUUGCUAAACUUCAGAAAAGCAGUAUUUUCCCUGACCAUCAACACAGUAGAGCUAACUUUGAUUCUCAAGAAAAACGAACCUUCCGUGAUUUAAAAUCUUCCUCAGACCGUCUUGGCCUUAGAUUCCAAAGUUUUUUCUCUGCCCCUAAACUCAGUAUAAUUUCCUGUUAUGAGAAUGCUAGUUUUUUUGAUCUUCAAUCAAGUGGUCAAAUCAUCUUUAAUACAGAUGAAAUUGAAAGAGUUUCUAAAAACUCAAGUAUUUCUGGUGCUGAAAAAUAUCUAAGCUCUUGUUCUCCUAAAUUUAACCUUACACAUUUUAUGAGUUUGGGAACAAGAGCUAAUCCUUCAGCCCAUCUACACACUGUUGGUGGAAACACUUGUCAACAUAGGACAUCAACCUUAGCUUCCCUUCCAGGUAUUAUUUCCUACACCUAUCAACAGAACGAAACUGCCACCGAUAUUGAAGAAAGAGGCCAAUCAAGGUAUAUUACAGCUAAUACUGACACAGAAGAACAGAGUUUUCCAGUCGCUAAGGCAUUUAACACACACAUAGAGGAGUUAAAUUUAGAUGUCCUUCUUCAGAAGGCUGAUAAUUUACGUAUGAAUGAACGUAGCAAGUUGGAGAGUUUCGAACUGCUUUGUGAUCACAAAGAAAAGUUUAGAGAUGAAAUAGAGUUUAUAUGGCGAUUAACUCGUGCUUAUGGAGACAUGUAUGAGCUAUCUACUAACGCAGAAGAAAAAAAACAUUAUGCUAAUAUCGGAAAGACAUUAGGGGAGAGAGCUAUCACUAGAGCACCCACGAAUGGACAUUGUCAUCUGUGGUAUGCGGUUCUGUGUGGCUAUGUAUCUGAGUUUGAGGGCUUACAAAACAAAAUCAACUAUGGACAUCGCUUCAAGGAACAUCUAGAUAAAGCAAUCCAAUUUUUACCUGAAGAACCCUUUUUGUAUUACCUCAAAGGAAGAUACUGUUAUACUGUCUCAAAACUGAGCUGGAUUGAGAAAAAGAUGGCCGCUACUCUGUUUGGAAAAAUACCAUCCUCAACUGUAGAAGAAGCUUUGCAAAAUUUCCUUAAGGUUGAAGAACUACACCCUGGUUUUUCUAAGUCCAAUUACUUGUUCUUGGCCAAGUGUUACAUCGAUCUUGAACAAACAGACAACGCUGUGAAGUUUUGUAAUUUGGCAGUGUUGCUUCCUUGUGUUACCCAAGAGGAUACAGAUGCACAGAGAGAAGUGAAAAAAAUAACCAGUUCCUUGAAGAGGUAAAUAAAAGAACUUACUCUUCAACAAAUCAGAUGUUGUCUACUAAAAUUUAAACUCAUCCAAGUUGCGUUUUUUUUAUUAUCCUUUUUUUUCUUUUUUGAUGUAAGGGUAUUGUGCUCAGAUCUGAAGGUAAAACCACAUUUCUGCAGAAUGCAUUCCAAUAGUCGCACUACAAAACUAAUCAUGUUAUUUGGAGAAAUCAAGUUCCCAUAAAUGUCAGUACAAA